AUGACUGGCCGUCAUGGAUACGACGCUCCUCAGCGUCAGAACGAAUAUUUCAUCCCCGGCGAUGGUAUCAGCCGGGAGGUCAUCCAAGCAGACAUAUGCCGUUAUCUUGGAAAUGAUGCCCUCGGCCGUCAGGGUUAUUUCAUCCGUGCCUACCGGAAUCUCACUACUGAAAUGAUUGCAGACCUGAAGGCCGAUUCCGCUCGGUGGGAGGCCGAUGUCGCCCGACGUGCUGACCAGGGCUAUCCUCGAGGUACUUAUAUUCAUGACUUCAGUUUACCGCAGGCGCCUAACAGGGCCACAGCAAGCUACGGAGGAUCCGUGCCAGAACCCCGCCCGCAGCCAGGACCCUCCCCUCCGCCUGCCUACUCGGCUCCGCCCACUCAAUACAUCGAGCCGUACCCGCCCCAACCGCCAUACCCCCAGUCUCAGAGCCCGUCCUACCCUGCUACUUCCACCUACCCUGCUACUUCUACCUACCCUCCCACUCAUCCGUCUUUCGGAGGAUCCAACCAGAACCCUUAUCCCGGCCAGCAUAUUCCAUACACAGCUGUUAGCCAACCUCCCGUGUCCGCGGAUGUCCACCAGAGCUACACCUACGCGCCCAACCCCUAUAGUGGUUACGAAAAUGGGAGAGGUAAUGCUGCUCCUAGAUACCCUGGCCCAGGCUAUGAAGCGGAUCAAGACUACUCCCCCGUGUCUUCCGGAAUUGCUUAUCCUCCCACUUCGGUCCCAGAUCCGCGGAUAGGAUAUAAUACCACUCCGGAAUAUGGGGACCGUAAUAGGCCACGGGCAGCCGGGGACUCUCGGCGAACCCGGUAG